AUGCAGACGUUUAGUUAUUCUUUGAGAUCGCAAGGCUCCAGAGGUUUUUCCGAUGGACACGUUUGGCUUUCGGUUGUUACUAAGCCACCGAGGAGUCAAUUCUCACGUGUCCAAAGGGCAACAUGCUGCCUUUGUAUAUUGUUUUCUGCGAUGUUAGCAAAUGCUCUAUUCUACCGGACGGACAAAGAGCCAGAUCCUACCUUACAAAUUGGUCCGUUAAAAUUCAGCUGGAGACAAAUAAUGGUGGGAAUUGAAAGCGCCCUGAUAAUAACUCCAGUAAACUUGAUGAUUAUGACAUUUUUCAAGAGGAGUGGCGAGAAAACUCCGAAUAAAGUCGACGUAAAAAAACCGAAAAGCAGUCCUGCUCCCUUUUGUGGCAAGUCGUCAACUACCAGUUCAGGGGAUAUUCACGACGUUGAUGUCACGCUAAAUGAAAAGAGGUCAUAUUUUAAUAAAAAACCCCAAAGUCAGGCUGAUGCCAAGAAGAAAUUUAUGCUCCCUCACUUCUUUAUCUACGUUGCUUGGGUUUUGGUCCUUGUUACUGUUUCUGUGUGUGCCGUCUUUACGUUCCUCUUUAGAUUGCAGUGGGGAAAGGAUAUUUCGAACCAGUGGCUUUCCUCGAUGUUUGUAUCUUUCGCCCAAGACCUAUUUGUCCUAUUAAGAUAUUAAUUAUUAUGGUGUUAACUGCUUCUUUGUUUCGCAAUAAUAAUGAAACUGAAACUGUCAGCCACAAUAGUGAAGGGAAACUGCAAUCAGAAAUAAAAUCUGUCAGCGAAUAUCAGUGUUAAAGUAGAGAUGCGAAAAGAGGGUGACCUUAUACUUGCAAGAGAGUACAGGACAAAGGAGGCAAAGAUGUUUUCCUUUUUGAGAGAGCUUCUGGGAUAUCUUCUGUUUCUCUUUUUGUUUAUAAUUGUGUGUUACGGAAGCAGAAGUUAUCAUGGAUAUCUCAUGACUAUGGAUCUAAAAGAUACCCUUCUAGACUUUUCUUUGGUAAGUAGCUCUAAAUCUUAGGGUAGCUGACUGAUUCUGUUAAAUUUAAGUGUCCCUAUUUGAGAGUCAUAGGGAGACUGGAAUAAGGCAGUGAUGAGAUCAAUCGUAUUCCUCGGCCAGGGCCUGCGUUUGCUUAGUGUAGAUGAUAUGGGACGUUUUUGGAUUUUUGUCAUUACUCCGAGAGUUCCACCAAGCACAUUUAGAUAUAACUAUACUCGAUAUAAUACUGUUAUAUUUCAUUUUAAAGCAAGAUUUAACUACUGAAAAUCCCCUAUACGAAAGUCGAAGUUUAUUUCGGAGGUGGCUGUUACUUAGCUGUUCUUAAACACUUGUAACCACUCACGUUCAAUUUUAAAUUUAUCGCGUUAUAAUGACGCAGUAUGUUACUCUUCCUCCUCUAAGAGACCCCGGUAUGUGUCCCUUUUGAUUCAUUGUCAUUGCACAUUUCAGAACGUUUUUUCUUGCCUAGGCUCACGAUCCACGGUAUUUCUGGGAAUGGCUUGAUACUCAGUUUGUGGACGGUUUCUACAGCAGCAACUGGUACAACAAGGACAAAAUCAAAAAGCAAGAGUACAUUGGCAACAAGAUGUCUCUUCUCUUAGGAAUGCCUCGUUUGCGACAACUAAGGAUACAGAAAGGUAAGUAUAACAUGAUUUAGGUAUGUUCAAUCUUAUAAAUGUAAAAUUGGUGAAAAUCCUCGUCGGCGGUGAAACUAGGAGCAAGAAAAUUGUGGUGAUUACCUAUAAUAAACUUCACAAUACUGUCCUGUUUUUAGUGCAUAUAUAGCAAAUGUUAGAACCUAAAAUUAAUGAUAGAGAAGAAAAGAAAGAGUGAGAAUAAAGGAAAACAUUGGAUACGAAAAGAAAUAAAAGAAUAAAGGAAGGGUAGAUUCCUCUGAUUAUGACAAUGAAAUCUUCGCUCCAGCAACAAGAAAGAAUAGUACACAAAGCAGUUAAAGUUGUGAGGAAUAUUUUUAGACAUUAGUUAACAUGUUUUUUUUCGUCAGAUUCUUGCAUUGUUCCAAGGAUAGUGCGAGGCAUCAUAAACAGGGGCUGCUACGACCUCUAUGAUUUCGAUGAAGAG